AUGUGUGAAUCCUAUAGUUUAGCCAUGCAUAAUUAUCCAAUAAAAGUGUUUAGAUUCGGAAGACAUUUAAAAGAACCUUACAUCUCUAUAUGGAUCAUUAUAAGUUCAGAAGUUAUAUGGACAACUCACAGUAUUCCCAAAGUUAAUGCGAUUACAUCUGCAUUUCCUUGCGUUGCAAUUCACUAUUGUGAAUUCCAUAUUCUUUGUGCUUGGCAAACAAAUCUCAACAACAAAGUAAGACUUGAUGCAUCAUUUACAUCAGCCCAGCUGGCAGCAUACAAGCAGGAGUUAAAGAACAAGCUGAAGUAUAUCUUGACAGAGUCGAACGAAGAACUCAAGACUAUCUACUUUGGCUGUGCUAGAAUCGGAAGACUGGAUUGCCUCAUGUUUGUCCUUACAAACGAUGUAGAGUAUUUCUACGAGCAAGAAGUGGAUUGUAUUCACUUAAAUAAUGGAAAGAUGGGGCUGAUAGAAGAUGACAUACUCCCUUCUAUGAUCAUCAGUCCAUUAAAUGUGAUUAGUACUAGUAUGGAUGACUCUGAUGGCGAGUGGCAAAUCAAGUCUUUUACAAAUGAUACAACAUGGUAUUCUAUCACUGUUGUAAAUGAUUUAAUUGAAUGCUGUUUGUGCCCCAGAUACAUCUCCCAACAAGUGCCUUGCAAGCAUGUAUUUCUUCUCAAAAGAUACCAUAAGAUUAACAUCUUAUAUACAAUUCAAAGAGAUGUCAAUCACUUGGCAAUGCAAAGACCAGCAGUGUUAGCUGAAGAAGAAGAAGUUGUGAUUGUUGAUGAAGAAGAUGGCAGAGAAGAUGUUGUGGGUGCUCAAAAUAAUGUUGAUACGUCUAUUACAGGCCUUAUUACUCACACUACCUUACUUCAUCAUCAAAGACUCAAUCUCAAACACAUGUAA